AUGCUCCAGCAGCGACCUACAGCAGCUCUGGAGGACGAGCUCAGCUGUCCCAUCUGCUUUGAAUUUUUCCAGGACCCCGUGAGUCUGAAAUGCCAACACAGCUUCUGCCGCGGCUGCCUGGAAACACCAGCAUGGAUACAACAAAAGCAGCGCGAAUGCCCCGUCUGCAGGCGAAGGCCUUCCAUGGCCGAUUUCCAUCCCUCCGUGUCCAACAUGAAACUGAGGAACAUAGUGGAGGCCUACCUGCAGAGAGAGGAGAAUGAGGGGAAUGAGGGGAGAGCAGUGUGUCUUGUGCUGUGUUCCAUACAGAACAAGAAGCUCAGGUUUUUCUGUAAGGAGUGUGAGGAACUUGUUUGUGCUGUGUGUGUGGAGACCGAGCUGCAUGCCAAACAUAAGCGCCUGUCAAGGGAACUCACGGCACUGCUCUACAACCUUCCAGAGAAACUGGAACUGGCCACCCAGGCCCAGACCACAACAGGACAGAUCAAGAGUGAGUUUGCGAAGCUCAGCCAGUUCCUGAGAGCGGAGGAGGAGGCCAGACUGGAAGCUCUGGAACAGGAGGAGAGCAAGAAGACCGGGUUACUGACUGAGAGGAUCAACCGCCUCACCUGUACACUGCAGGAUCCAGAGCCUUUAUCAGGGACACUGAUAGACGUGGCCCAACACCUGGGCAACCUGAGGUUCAAGGUGAGUGACAGACGGGUGUCCCAGCCUGUGCCUGAUAACGCUGAGCGAUUCGACAGCUCAGUGAGCGUGCUAAGCUCUGUGGAAUUCUGCUCAGGCAUUCACAGCUGGGAGGUGGCAGUGGAGCCUAAGAAUGCCUGGACUCUGGGCGUGGCCAAAGAGGGUGUAGCCCGGAAAGGCAAUGUGAUGGUCAGCCCAGAGGUCGGGAUCUGGGCGAUGGGGAUGUGGAACGGGGAGCAGUAUAGCGCUGGAACUGCCCCCCUGGGUACCCCGUUGGUUCUGAAGAGGAAGCUCAUGAGGAUCAUGGUCAAGCUGGACUAUGAGAAAGGAGAGCUCUCUGUCUAUGACUCCAGUGACAUGUCACUCAUCUAUACGUUUGAACACAGGUUCACAGAGAGACUGUUCCCUUACUUCUCUCCCUGUCUCAACUCUGAUGGCACUAACUCUGGAGUGCUGAGGAUCUGCCCUGAGAAGGUGUCUGUGACUGUGGCACCUAUUCACUGA